UCUCUAAAAAGUAGUUAUGGCAAGCAAAGAACCCGAUCACGAGCACAGAGAAGACGAAGAUGCGCCCGCUGCCGAGGAUGAAGAUACCGGGGCUCAAGUCGCCCCUAUUGUCAAGCUUGAGGAAGUGGCUGUUAGCACCGGCGAGGAAAACGAAGAUGCCAUCCUUGAUCUGAAAUCGAAGCUGUAUCGUUUUGAUAAAGAAGGGAAUCAAUGGAAAGAGAGAGGCGCUGGUACUGUGAAGCUGUUGAAACACAAAGAGACGGGGAAAGUUCGCCUUGUUAUGAGGCAAUCUAAGACUCUCAAGAUCUGCGCCAAUCAUCUAGUGUUGCCGACGAUGACAGUUCAGGAGCACGCUGGGAAUGAUAAAUCCUGCUUAUGGCACGCUUCUGACUUUUCGGAUGGUGAAUUGAAAGAUGAACUUUUCUGUAUUCGUUUUGCAUCAGUGGAAAAUUGCAAAACCUUUAUGGAAAUCUUCCAAGAAGUGGCUGAAUCACAAAAAUCGAAAGAGGAAAAUGAAGAUGCAUCUGCAGCUGCCAAGUCACUUGAGAGGUUGAGCGUUGAAGAAAAGAAAGCUGAAGAUAAAGUUGGAGAGGAGAAGGCUGUUGCUACAAAGGAAGAGAAGGAAACAGAAAUUGAUAAUACAAUUAAAGCAGAUAGUGAGAAGAAAGACGGGGAGGCUACUUCCUCUACCUAAAAGGAUCCGGCUGGGUUUGUUUUCCAUGCUGUAGGCUUUUGGCGAAUAUGGAGAGAUUUCUCAAUCAUCUGAUUCUACGCAUGUCUAGCGUAUUCUUGGGAGUGAAAACAUAUUGGUUGAAUGGUCGUGGUCCUUUGUGGCCUUACGUUUGGGUGUGUGUUGAGGGUUGGUCAAACCCUGAGUCAUGUUUGCAUGGUUAGAGUUGCGUUUGGAAUUUGGAUAGUGUGGAGGGCUCAUGCAACUGGAUUUUCCUGGUUAGAAAUAUCAGCGCGUCAAAGUUCAAUU